AUGUCAUCCAACACCUGCAACCGGUUGUUGCAAAAGUAUUCUGACCGCUAUAAGGAUGCAGUCAAUCAUGUCUUUCUAAAGCGGGUGGCAGACAGCACAGCAGACGAGGCAUUUGAAAAAUGGCUCAUUCAGGACUUUCAUUUUGUUGUCGCAUACUUGAAGUUUUUGAGUAUUGUCCUAAGUCGCGUCCCAUCUGACGCAUCACCCGAAACCGCCGAGGGACUGACUAAAGGGUUUCUCUCGGCACUCGGGGAAAUUAGCAAGGAAGCCUUGUUCUUUAGAGAUCAGGCGUCAUCAAUGAACAUCAAACUCGGAUACACUGACGACUCACUCGGUGAAACUUUCAGAAAAUACAUUGACUACCUCAUCAAGGUUGCCAAUGAAUCAUCGUUUCCGGAAGUCUUGAUUACAUUGUGGGCAGUUGAGAAAGUAUACCUUGACUCAUGGUCCUAUGCGGCGGAACUGGUGCCCUUGAAUCGACCUAAUAAGUACGAUAGGUUUAUAAAGCACUGGGCAAACGCUGAUUUUGCAAAGUUUGUCGGGUGGCUUGAGACAAUUGCCAAUGAUGCGACCCCCGAGAUCACCCCCGAGAUUGAAGACGCUUUUAGAACCGUGGUUGAGUUUGAGGUGCAAUGUUGGGAUACCGCCUUGGGCACAAAGGACAUGGCUUCCAGAUAG